AUGAAACUAUGAAGAAAUGGAUCUUGUGAUACUUUUGGGAGCGCUCUUUGCUGUUUGGCUGCAUCAGUGCGCUGGAUCGAAGCUCUUUAGCGCAGAAGAUUUUUAUGAGCCUCGAGGACAGAGGGUUUGUCGGAGGGGCACCGAGAGGCCCUGCUAUAAAAUCGCCUAUUUCCAGGACGCGUCUCGGAAGCUCAACUUCGAGGAGGCGAGCGGAGCGUGCCGGAGCGAUGGAGGGGAGCUGCUGAGCAUCGAGUCUGAGAACGAACAGAAACUCGUAGAGAAUUUCAUCCAGGAACUAAGAGCCUCCGACGGGGACUUCUGGAUCGGCUUGCAAAGGAAGCAGGGUUACCAGGACUCCACCGUGGACUGCCCCGGUAAAUACUACUGGCUCGACGGCAGCAAAGCCACGUUUAGGAAGUGGCACUGGGAUGAACCGUCCUGUGGUAAUGAAGUGUGUGUGGUGAUGUAUCACCAGCCAUCAGCCCCCCCAGGGAUCGGAGGCCUCUACAUGUUCCAGUGGAACGAUGACAACUGUGACACCAAAAACAAUUUCAUCUGCAAGUACUCUCAAGAAAAAGCCGCAGCCUCUACAUCAGCUGGGGCCUCUGUGCACACAGAUGCCCCGGGAAUAUCUCUAAGACCAAAGUACCCAGCUGUCCCAGUGGGCGAUGGGAAAAAUAGUGUGCUAGCCACUGACUCUAAAGGCAAUGUCUUCAAUAUCACUUACAUCAUCAUACCUGCUGUCCCCCUGCUUUUACUGCUCGUCGUGGCAACAGGAGUGUUCUGCUUCAAGCUUUUUGCAGGAAGAAGGAAGGAGAGGACUGAGACCAGUAAAAAGGAGCCCCAUUUCUGGAUGUCUCCGAACAGAUGCAGCAGCCCCAGCCUGGAGGUUUACAGCGUGAUCCGGAAGCAGCACGCUGCCGACCUCGAGGGCACGAGGCCCCAUAUCAAGAACACUUCGUUCCGAGCCUCCUCGGGGGAAAACCUGUCAGAUGACUAUGACAACGUGUGCGCCAAUGAGUCGGAGCGCGGCUUUGAGACGCUGGCCAGCGGAGAGAGCGGCUUCGUCAGCAACGACAUUUACGAGAUGAGCAGCAGCGGCAGAGCUGCGGGGAGCAAGGAGUCCGGCUGGGUCGAGAACGACAUUUAUGGCUACUGAGAGAGAGAGAGAGAGAGACUGGGGGCAGAAUGUGUGGAGAGCUCGCACCGCUAGUGCGCUUGCUUCCUUUGUAAAAUGGGCAUGCAUUUGCUGUUAGAAAUAAUAUGCCACCAUGAAGCUAAUGAAACUCUACAGAAAAAGCAACUCACAAAUUGGCCAUUUAAUGAUGCAUAUAAAAGCUGGCUUUAUAAAACAUCUCGUAAGCAUUUCCAAUAGAGCCUGUCUCCAGGAGAGCCUGCCAUGCAUUUCCAUAGAGCCUGUCUCCAGUAGAGCCUGCCAUGCAUUUCCAAUAGAGCCUGUCUCCAGGAGAGCCUGUCAAGCAUUUCCAUACAACCUGACUCCAGGAGAGCCUGCAAUGCAUUUCCAAUAGAUCCUGUCUCCAGGAGAGCCUGCCAUGCAUUUCCAAUAGAUCCUGUCUCCAGGAGAGCCUGCCAUGCAUUUCCAAUAGAGCCUGUCUCCAGGAGAGCCUGCCAUGCAUUUCCAAUAGAGCCUGUCUCCAGGAGAGCCUGCCAUGCAUUUCCAUAGAGCCUGUCUCCAGUAGAGCCUGCCAUGCAUUUCCAAUAGAGCCUGUCUCCAGGAGAGCCUGUCAAGCAUUUCCAUACAACCUGACUCCAGGAGAGCCUGCCAUGCAUUUCCAAUAGAGUCUGUCUCCAGGAGAGCCUGCCAUGCAUUUCCAAUAGAGCCUGUCUCCAGGAAAGCCUGUCAUGCAUUUCCAUACAGACUGACUCCAGGAGAGCCUGCCAUGUUGGCUUUCAUUGGCUCAGGGUUCCAUCGUAUCUGGGAGCAAGUCAGUGUUAUUCUGCACUGUAGCUGGUGUAUUAAUGUCAGGACAGUAUAAAUGAACAAUGUCAGGAAUAUCAAUGUAUCUGGUCUGGUGCUACACGUGGACUACACAAAGAAAAGCACUGAACAUUAUUGCAAAACAAAGCACUGUAAUUGAGCAGCACAGGAUUUCAAAAGCACACCUUCCCUGGCACCAUUCAGAAAGAUUGCAAAUAUUAUAGAAAGGGUGUUGUAUAAAGCAGGUGCAUUGCAAAUAUUAUACAAAGGGUGUUGUAUAAAGCAGGUGCAUUGCAAAUAUUAUAGAAAGGGUGUUGUAUAAAGCAGGUGCAUUGCAAAUAUUAUACAAAGGGUGUUGUAUAAAGCAGGUGCAUUGCAAAUAUUAUAGAAAGGGUGUUGUAUAAAGCAGGUGCAUUGCAAAUAUUAUACAAAGGGUGUUGUAUAAAGCAGGUGCAUUGCAAAUAUUAUAGAAAAGGUGUUGUAUAAAGCAGGAGUAUUGCACGUGCAGCUGUGAUGGGCGGGUCAUUGGACAAUCACACUGUUCAAAUAAAAUACAUUAAAAAUGAUCCAGUGGAAAAGAUUGCUCCCACUAACAAGAAGUAACACACAGAUUUGAAAGCCUGGUAAACACUUAACAUCAUUAUGGAUUCAACUUAAUAACCUUCACCUCUGAAAAUAAAGAAGCGCUUGUGGGUUUGUUUUUUUUUUUAAAAAAACAUUCGCAGAAAUUGUCGGUGUGUAUUUCAUUUCCGGGCGGGAACAUUUUAGAAAAAAAAAAUAUAUAUAUAUAUAUAUAUUAUAAACUCUUGUGCUCUUCAUGGGUGUAACUGAAUUACAGUAUAUUUUGGUGGGGGCAAAUGCCAGGUUAAAAUCGAUAAAAUAAUAACAAAUAAAUAAAUAAAGCCCGACCUAUACACCUAUUUUGAAUGAAUGGAAAUGUCUUGCGUUAUUUUAGACUCGCUGCUAAAAUGCUCGGGGUAGUUUACUGAAACCUGCGUUUUCAUUGCGUUCUGUGACACUGCAGUCCACGUCAAACGCGCUAGGGGGCAGUGUUGAGCUGCGGAUCACGGAUUUCGAUCGUAUCCUUGUCUCUUAAUUGUCAGUUUGGCUGCCAGCCAAGCUGUAAUAACCCUGCCCAAUUAUCACACUCAAGCACGUAGUAUAGAAACCCUGCGCAAGCCUAAGCUGCUUAACCCCCUCUUAGCUUAACCUGAAUUUAAUAUUCUAUGAGAGGAUGAAUGUGUGUCUACAGGAUUAUGACACCUUGCUAUUUAUCUAUAAUGAUAUUGUAAAGGUGCAGAGCAAUAAACAAACUGGCAACCCAACACCGUCUUCUAUCUAUUGUUUUAGUGUAAAAUGCCAUAUCAUACUGGACCGCUACUUCUUCAAUAAACGAAGAAGGCUGUGAUUUGCCAUGUAAUAUAUAAAGCUAUUUUGUAUUUUUAAUGUCCAGUUUAUAUAGGUCUGAAGGGACUGACAGUUAACAAGUCAUCCUGUUAGUGGAUCAGCACACACACAGCUUAGCUUGGUCGCAGACAGAUCUGUGUAAUUUACCUGGCAGGUAAUUCCACACGGUUAAAACGGCUUACAAAUGCACCCUCACCUGCCCUGCCCCCCCUCCACACAAACGUUAUCACACGUCUCCCCGCGGCUGAGGUCGAAUGCACAGGCUUGCUUUCAGUGUGCAAAUAGAUUGACAGCUUUUACAAUAGCAGCGGCCGGGCUUUGACGUAAGAGGUGGCUCUGGUUGCCUUGGAGACAAUUUGGCAGUGAAGUAAGGCUCGGCUUCAUAACCCCGCCCACUGUACUUAUACCACCAGCGGCUCUGACGUCAAUGGACGUCAACCGAGGGAACACGAUGCCUCUUGCAAGCUCCCUAGCAGUGCGGUGCGGUCCGGUCCGGUGGUGUGUGUUUGGGCAGGAAUAGCAGCGCUUCGUGUCAGGGUGCUGAGCUGAACCCGCCAGCCCGCUUAUGUUAUUAAGAAUGCCUUGUUUUAUAAACCGCUAGACUGCUUGGACCAAGCUC